AUGAGGUCGCCGCUGUGGAUCCACCUCGAAAAAGAUCCAUCCAAGCAUUUCCGGGAAUUUCACGCUUGCGACUACAUCUCGCAGGGCCUACCCAGAUGUUACGGCACAGUCAGCAGCACCGGCAGCAGUGUCGGGCAGAUUCCGAGUGCUUUGGAUAUUCCCGAUACGCCACGCUAUGCGCAAACGACACCGACGGCAUCUAACUCCGGAACGAAGGCGCGAAAAGACGAUUCUGUACGCCUUGACACAAGCAGCGGUCGGCCCUCGGUCCUGGUGUCAAAGGAAGCUGCGACGCGAACACCGCUCGUCCACAAGAUUCAUAUCCUCGGGGAAGACAUCAAGUCCAAAUGGAUAGCACACGCCCUGUCCGAGGUCCAUGACCAGGUCGAGUUGAUGGCGUGGACAGGGCGCAAAACGCGAUACACCAACAUUCGCGACCGGGUGCGGAAUAAGCCUGUCGAGGCAAACAGGACGUUGGCAGCUACAACACAACAGCAGAAGGACCCAGAGCCUAUAAAGCACCUCAUUGUGACUGGAUCUGGCUCUCAGGCGAAGCAGAGCAUUCACAAGGUCAAGGAUCGUCUUGACGAAAACUCGACUGUUUGUCUCAUGAGCCAUGGAUUGGGCGUGUUGGAAGACGUGCGGAACAGUUUCUUCCGCGCGAAGCGCAGUCGGCCGGACUUUCUGCUCGGCCAUAUGAACCACACAUUACAACUAUCACGCGACAACUGGGCGGUGGAAUACGUCAAGCGCGGUGCCAUGAAGUUGACGACGCCGUAUGCGCUCAAUCCUGCGGAAGAGAAUCCCGAACGGGUGGAGCAGCGAGUCAACUUUGUCAAGACGUUACAGACCGCCAGUGUGGUGAACGCCAGCCUCGAGAAAUACGACACUUGGUUGAGGGCCAAGCUCCCUUCGCUAGUAUACUCCGCCGUCGCUGAGCCCGUGUCCGUCAUGAUGGGGGUGCCGAUAAAAGACCUGGUGCAUCACCCGCCGGCCCGCAGCAUCAUGGGCAGGCUGCUGAGCGAGAUUCAGAAGGUCCUGCUCAAGAUGCCUGAAGUGCGGGGAUCACAGCUCAUCUCCAGAUUUGCCCGGGAUCUCAGCGCGCAGAGCGUCUUGCAGGGCUACAUCCACAGAGGAAGGGACAGGAGCACCAUGACCUACCAACAAUGCAUCGACAAGGGGGUGCCGACGGAUGUGAAAUACUUAAAUGGCUACUUCUACAAGAAGGGGAGGAAACUCGGCGUGUACAUGCCGAGCCACCGCUUAGUCUGGACUGUAGUCGAAGCAAAGUAUGGCAGCGGAAUCUACGAGGCGAACACCUUGGUCCCUUUUGAGGCGACCUCACUACCGGCCGUUGAGGAGCAUCGCUUGCGGACGACAGAGUCUUUGAGAAAAAGCUACCGGAAAGGGCGUCAUACGGAGUAG